AUGGAUAAUGGUAAUAGCGAUCUCGUCGAGUUCACCAAGUCAGUGACCGCCGCACUCACGUCCUUGGGCGAGAGGAUGGCAAGCAUCGAGUCGCGGUUGAACGCUGAUGUCCAGCAAUCGUGUCCUGCAAAUUCAAGACUGCUGUAUGAGCAAGAAGACCGCACUUAUUACGAAGAUGAGGACCAUGGUCAUUUCGAUCACCAUCAUCCAUCGCUGGUGGAAUCCUUCCCGUCCUCUAUGAAACGUGCAAGAGUGGAAAUCCAGACCAUAUCACUACAGGGAACUCCUAUGGGUACCGUCCAGUCUGCGUGCGACACAACUGGGGCCACCUCCCAAAAAUCCAGAUCCACUUCGCAACCCGCCUCGUUACUCCGAUCUCCUUUGAAUCUCCUAAAUCAACUCAACCAGGGCCCAGAUUACUGGUGUUGCGAUCCUAUUGCUCUGGGAAUGAUCACCUCUGCAGAAGCUCAGCGCCUGGUAGACGCAUACUUUGAGAAGAUGCACUGCAUGGCCCCAUUGCUGACUCAGAGCCUCUACUCCAACGCUGAAAACCUGAGAAAAGCAUCCACACAGCUAUUUUUGACAGUAUGCUGUGUAGGGGCCCGUGGAUUACCUGCUAGCGAUACUCCCAGGAUCUACGACAUGGCUGCAUUACUCGACUUUUCUCUCGGACAGGUUGUUCACGGAGCCCGCACGGGAGACAUAACUCUUGAGCUAUUGGAAUCGCUCCAAAUAUAUGCUCAUUGGAUGCCACUGCGAAAUGGGGCUGCGGCAAGACGGUAUAACGAGGUGUCCGUCUGGAAUGUGAUAGGACUUGCCAUCAGAUGGGCAAAGUUCAUGGACCUCGAGGGAAAAUUAGCAGCCGCUUUUGGAACAAACGGGAACGAGUGGAACUACAAGAAAUCAGUGUCACGGACCGAGGAUCUACGGAUUCUGCGCAUCAUGCUUAAUUUGCUAUCGCUGGACUACCAAACUAUGCUUUCAACACGACUUCGUGCAACCAUCGAUCCUAAUCCGUUAUUACCACUGGCAAGAAGAUUAUGUGCUUCCAAAGAUUGCCAGCCUGAUGACCACCGUCUGCUUGGCCUUUGCGAACUGACAAACGCUUUGAAAUACCCAACAGACUUGCACUACAUCAACUUCUUCCUUGACCAGUGGGCAGUGGAGUGGUCCAAAUACCCGAGAACAGACGCAAUCACGCCGUCUCCGUCAGAAAUGCCAUUUACUUCUCAAAGAUGGUAUCGGCUGAGUCUCAAUAGUAUACCUCUAGCAGGACUGUGCUCUGGAGCCUCUGUAGAGGAAGCAGAGGAACAUACCAUCCUGACUGCAUUGAAGUACAGUGUCGAAUCCGCAACAGAUAUGUUUGCCUGUUUUUUUGUUGGUGGCAGGCCUGCAUCCGCGGCUCAGUGGAAUAACGUGGCACUCGACAUGCCUUUGCUGGCCAGAUUCAAGUAUGCAAUUGACUCGUAUUGGAUGACCCACACGUUUGCGUUUGUGCUUCUAUGCAUUCUCUAUGCCCGUGGUGCCAUAGACGACAUGCUGUUCUGCCAUAUACCCUCUCAGAUAGACCGUGCCACUGGUCCACCAUCACAGAGCUCUCCUCUGGCCAAACUGCUACAGGUGGGGCUUGAGGUGUUCACACAAGUCGGCCACAACCAUCCAGCCGCUCACUUGGGCAAUCUGGUUGCAAAAGUUUUUGAGUCCAUCAGCAUGAUCGACAGCAAUACAAACUACGUGGAAGACGUGUUUCCUAUUCCUUUGGAUGACGGAUUUGAUUUGGGUCUUUAUUUAGCCCAGCAGUCAUAA